AUGACAAUUGAUGAACAAUUAGUUUUAUACAGAGAGCGAUGCCCAUUCCGGGUAUAUAUUCAUUCAAAACCAAGGAAAUAUGGAAUUAAAAUUUGGGCAAUAUGUGAUAGUGAAACAUCUUAUGCCUACAAAAUGCAAAUCUACACUGGGGAAGACCGAGUAAAAGUGAGAAAGACAAAUCAAGGUUCAGGAGUUGUUGAAGACCUAGUAAAAGAACUUGAAAAUACAGGUCGCAAUUUAACUUGUGACAAUAUUUUUAGAAGUCUAGGAUUUACUCGAAAGUUACUUAGCAAGAAAACUACUCUAGCUGGAAUAAUUAGAAAGAACAGAGUUGAACUUCCAAGUGCUUUCACAAAUGGAAAAGAAAAAGGAUUCUAUGAUCCCAUCUUAUUGUCACAAGAAAAAAUAUAUUGUCACACUUAUGAGUACAAUGCACUCUCAGCCAUCAAUUGA